AUUCAACAGCACGUUCCAGAUGUUUCGGUCUCCGAGACCAUAUAAAGCGAAAUUCAACUAGUUUGCGUCAGUCUCAUUAAAAAUAGUGAAAAUAUAUUGGUAAACGCAGCGAUGAACCGAAGCGGGGUCGUAUCGAGUCUUGGAGGGCGAGAUAUGUGGGACGAGUUGCCAUUUUCUGACGAAGGAGACGACCCGAAGCCCAGUGAUCACUUUCAGGCAGGACCAUCAAGACAACAAGAAAUACUUGCCACGGUCAAGGGACCAAAGAGAGAAAUAAAAUGGAUCGAUAUUUUAAGCAAUUAUAAUUAUUACAUAUCGAAAGAGUAUGAUGUAGUGGAAAGAAAAUGCAGGGAAGGCAUACCUCCGGAAGUGAGACCAGAAGCGUGGUUUUGGCUGUCCGGUGGUCACGCUUUGAUGGAGUCAGCUCCAAAACUCUUAUCACUAUUGAUGGAUCAAAAAGCAUCUCCACGAAUCACCAAUCAAAUAAAAAAUGAUCUUGAUAGACUAUUCCCCCAUCAUGUGUUGUUUUCGGACAACGGACCAGACCAAACACAACUGCUCUUAAUAUUACAGGCUUAUUCUGUUUUUAAUCCAAAAGUGGGUUAUUGUCAAGCCCAAGGACCACUUGCCGGUUUCAUUCUCAUGCAUAUGAAAUCAACUCAUUUAACAUUUUAUUGUUUCACCGCAAUCUGUGAAGAUUUUCUCUCUGAUUAUUAUAAUCCUGGCCUGCAACGUCUUCAGCAAGACGGGAAGUUUUUGUACUAUCUUUUGAAAAAAUUUUCACCAGUCUCCUAUAAACAUUUGACCGAUCAAGGCAUUGAUCCAAUGUUCUUCAUUCUUGAUUGGUUCAUGUGCGCGUACACGCGCACAUUGCCACCGGAAAGUUUAGUUCGUGUCUGGGACAUGUUUCUCUGCGAGGGAUUUUCGGUGAUCCUCAAAGUUGCUCUAGCAUUGAUAAAGGGUUGCUUCGAAGAUUCGUCGAUAAGAAACCGCUGUUCCCUGAUGUUCGAAAGUCUCCAAAUAUUACAACGUCUACCCAAUCACGUAGUCGAUAAAGAGACUUUGAUGUCUGAGGUCCAAAAAAUUGGUUUCGCGACGGAGUUUUAUCACUAUGCAGUCGUGAGACAAACGUUUAAAAACAAGUUUUAGAGAUAAGGUGAUCUACUGCAUUGUAACAACGGCCUGGCAGAUGGGGUAAAAAAUAAAAAUAAAAGAAUAAUUGAUAAAGAAUGAGUGAAGGAAGGAUAAAUAAAGAACUUUGAAGUUUGAAGAAAAA